UCCUUUUUGAUUGGUCAGCGGUGCGGAUACAUUUUGUGUUCUUGAAAUGGCAUUCGUUUCUUCCGCCAUUUUGCCUUAUUCUCACUCACAAAAUUUUACGUCUGUAAUUGAAAAUAAAAUCAGGCCGCAUUGCGGCAAUCUACUACUUUUUUCAGAAGGAGUUGGUUAAAGCGGCAAAAUGUAUCUAUAUAAUUUAACUUUACAAGGCUCAACAGCCAUUACCCACGCCGUGCAUGGGAACUUUUCUGGCACUAAACAGCAAGAAAUAGUGAUUUCUCGUGGCAAGAUAUUGGAGCUUCUACGUCCAGAUCCUAAUACAGGAAAAGUUCAUACUUUGAUGAAAGUGGAAAUAUUCGGCGUAGUACGCUCUAUGAUGUCGUUCCGUCUCACUGGUGGCACAAAAGAUUACAUUGUGGUUGGCUCCGACUCGGGACGUAUUGUUAUAUUAGAAUACAUACCUGCCAAAAAUAUUUUAGAAAAGGUUCAUCAAGAGACCUUUGGUAAAUCGGGAUGCAGAAGAAUUGUACCUGGACAGUACUUGGCUAUUGAUCCGAAAGGCAGAGCUGUUAUGAUUGGUGCCAUUGAAAAACAGAAACUAGUAUAUAUAUUGAACAGAGAUGCUGAGGCUAGAUUGACAAUUUCAUCUCCACUAGAAGCACAUAAAUCCAACACAUUGGUGUACCACAUGGUGGGUGUUGAUGUGGGCUUUGAGAACCCAAUGUUUGCUUGUCUGGAAAUUGAUUAUGAAGAUGCUGACAGUGAUCCUACUGGUGAAGCAGCUCAAAAAACCCAACAGACUCUGACUUUUUAUGAAUUGGACUUGGGACUUAAUCAUGUAGUAAGGAAAUAUUCUGAACCACUAGAAGAACACGCAAACUUCCUUAUAACUGUCCCAGGCGGCAAUGAUGGUCCAUCUGGAGUAUUGAUCUGCUCUGAAAAUUAUCUCACAUACAAAAACUUGGGUGACCAGCAUGAUAUCAGAUGUCCGAUACCGCGGCGGCGUAAUGAUUUAGAUGAUCCUGAAAGAGGCAUGAUAUUUGUUUGCUCCGCUACUCACAAAACAAAAUCUAUGUUUUUCUUUUUGGCACAAACUGAACAAGGAGACAUAUUUAAAAUAACUAUAGAAACUGAUGAAGACAUGGUAACUGAGAUAAAGUUGAAAUAUUUUGACACAGUACCUGUAGCCUCUUCUAUGUGUGUCCUAAAAACAGGUUUUUUGUUUGUGGCCUCUGAAUUUGGCAACCACUUUUUAUAUCAAAUUGCUCAUUUGGGAGAUGAAGAUGAUGAACCAGAAUUCAGUUCAGCAAUGCCUUUAGAAGAAGGUGAUACUUUCUUCUUUGCACCAAGACCUCUCAGGAAUUUAGUAUUGGUUGAUGAAUUGGAUUCACUGUCUCCUGUAUUAGCUUGUCAUGUGGCUGAUUUAGCAGGUGAAGAUACACCUCAGGUUUACUUAGCUUGUGGACGCGGCCCACGAUCUUCUAUAAGAGCCCUAAGACAUGGUUUAGAAGUGGCAGAAAUGGCUGUCUCAGAAUUACCAGGCUCACCUAAUGCCGUAUGGACUGUCAGACGCCAUAAGGAUGAGGAAUAUGAUUCUUACAUCAUUGUGUCAUUCGUAAACGCUACACUCGUGCUCUCUAUCGGCGAGACAGUUGAAGAAGUAACAGAUUCUGGUUUUUUGGGUACAACGCCGACGCUCAGUUGCCACGCUUUGGGCAAUGACGCUCUUGUUCAGGUUUACCCUGAUGGCAUAAGACACAUUCGUGCUGAUAAACGCGUCAAUGAAUGGAAAGCGCCAGGGAAAAAGUCAAUUGUCAAAUGUGCUGUCAAUCAGAGACAGGUUGUGAUAGCUUUGACUGGUGGCGAACUUGUCUAUUUUGAAAUGGAUCCUACUGGCCAACUAAAUGAAUAUACAGAGAGAAAAAAGCUGUCAUCGGAUGUAUCAUGUAUGGCAUUGGGUUCAGUAGCUACUGGUGAACAGAGAGCAUGGUUUCUAGCAGUUGGACUGAAUGAUAAUACUGUUAGAAUAAUUUCAUUAGAUCCAUCGGAUUGUUUGUCGCCACGUUCGAUGCAAGCAUUGCCUGCUGCAGCAGAAUCUUUAUGCAUAGUUGAGCAACCCUUUGAAUCUGGAGCUAAAUCAGCAUUACAUCUUAAUAUUGGCUUGAGCAAUGGUGUAUUACUAAGGACCACUUUAGAUUCCGUAAGUGGUGACUUGGCUGACACAAGAACAAGAUACCUAGGAUCCAGACCAGUCAAACUGUUUAAAGUACGAGUCCAAGCCAAUGAGGCUGUAUUAGCUGUAUCCUCGAGAACGUGGCUUGGAUACCAUUAUCAAAACAGAUUUCAUCUGACACCUCUGUCAUAUGAAUGCCUAGAAUAUGCUGCAGGAUUUAGUUCAGAACAAUGUGCGGAAGGUAUAGUGGCAAUCUCUUCUAACACACUUAGAAUUUUGGCACUAGAAAAGUUAGGUGCUGUUUUUAAUCAAACAUAUUUGCCAUUAGAUUAUACUCCUAGAAAAUUUGUAAUAAAUUCUGAAAAUAACCACAUAAUUAUACUGGAAACUGAUCAUAAUUCUUAUACGGAAGAGAUGAAAAAGCAAAGAAGAAUCCAAAUGGCACAAGAAAUGCGUGAGGCAGCUGCUGGUGGCGGCCCAGAAGAACAACAACUCGCUAAUGAAAUGGCCGACGCUUUUCUAUCCGAUGUAUUACCUGAAAACACAUUUUCAUCACCAAAAGCUGGAGCCGGAAUGUGGGCGUCACAAAUUAGAGUUGUGGACAUGGGAACGGGUGGCGGUCAGCCCAACACUUUGUUCCAAUUACCACUUGAGCAAAAUGAAGCAGCAGUAUCUAUGUGUAUUGUACGAUGGAGCGCGCAUGCUGAACACGCACGACCACACUUAGUCGUCGGAGUUGCCAAAGAUAUGAUUCUUUCACCAAGAUCUUGUUCAGAAGGCAGUUUGCAUGUGUAUAAGAUAUAUGGAAAUACUGGGAAAUUAGAGUUAGUCCACAAGACUCCCAUAGAUGAAUAUCCUGGUGCGGUAGCCGCAUUCAACGGCAAGCUUUUAGCGGGAGUGGGUCGUAUGCUUCGACUAUAUGAUAUUGGAAGACGGAAACUAUUACGAAAAUGCGAGAACAGACAUAUUCCAAACCUUAUAGCAGAUAUCAAAACCCUUGGCCAAAGAAUAUAUGUGUCAGAUGUUCAAGAAUCAGUAUUAUGUGUAAAAUACAAAAAACGGGAGAACCAAUUAAUCAUUUUCGCAGAUGACACAAACCCGAGGUGGAUCACAAAUAGUUGUAUAUUAGAUUACGACACAGUAGCAAUGUCAGAUAAAUUUGGAAAUGUUGCUGUAAUGAGACUGCCACAAUCUGUAUCAGAUGAUGUUGAUGAAGACCCUACAGGAAAUAAGGCGUUGUGGGACAGAGGUCUUCUAAAUGGAGCGUCACAAAAAGGGGAAAUAGUCAUAAACUUCCAUGUUGGUGAAACUGUGACAUCACUACAAAGAGCAACACUAAUUCCUGGUGGCUCGGAAGCCCUCCUCUAUGCUACUGUGAGUGGAUCCCUUGGAGUACUACUUCCCUUCACAUCAAGAGAAGACCAUGACUUCUUCCAACACUUGGAAAUGCAUAUGCGAAGUGAAAACCCACCUCUAUGCGGUCGCGAUCAUUUAUCAUUUAGAAGUUACUAUUAUCCAGUAAAGAAUGUAAUAGAUGGAGAUCUCUGCGAACAGUUCAAUUCGCUGGAUCCAGAAAAACAGAAAGCUAUUGCAGGAGACUUGGAGCGUACACCUGCUGAAGUGUCAAAGAAACUUGAAGACAUAAGAACCAGAUAUGCAUUUUAAUGUAGCUAUUAAGAUACCAGUAAAUGUCAUAAUUGUAAGGAAUAAAUUUCAUUAAAAAAAAACUCUGU